AUGAAAAAUUUUCCAGUGUUCGUGUUUCCUGUAUCGUUAGAAUUUUAUUUAAAUGCGCGACAUACUCACAAGCAGCUGUUAACUGUAUAUAAUCCAUAUGACUUUUCUGUUAAUUUUAAAGUCCUAUGUACAUCACCCAACAAAUUUACUGUUCUCGACCCUGAAGGUGUGAUAGCGCCCCAAAGUUGCAUCGAUAUUGUUGUAAGAUAUACACAACCUUCCGUAUCGCACUGUAAUACAAUUGAAAAGUUUAGAAUAACAAUGUAUGACAAAAAUACCCAGCAGGCUCUAGGUAAACGAGAUAUUCCUACAACAUUGAUUGAGGGUGAACCAAUGAGUAUUAAUCAAGAGAGCCUUGGAGAUAGCUUUCAUCCUUUGACAUCUCGUCCAGCACCCAUAAGGCCUACUGAAGAACAUUCAAAAGUUAGUUGCAGUCAUCCCUCUCACCAAAGGGAACAACAACCAAUGAACAUAGUAGCUGUAGCAGUAAGUAUAUGUUGCAUAGCAGCAUUACUGUUACCUACUCAGCCAGAUCCUGUUGUUAAAUCACAAUUGCCUGAAUGGCUUCAUAUUGGAUCAAACCUAAAAUUAGUUUUUUCCUUUGUACUGGGACUAGUAAGUAUGCUUGUAUUACGACCCUAG